AAGAAUCGAUUGGAGGCCAGGUUCUUUGCCCUCCAGGUGGCAUUUAAAUCUGCUCACUUCGUGUUUCAAUAUCAAUUCAAAAGUGAGAUAUGAAUUGAGGUAAUUUGUGUUUGAAGCAAGAGUAGCCAGAACUUGCUCUCUGCCUUAUAUAUGAUGUCGAGGUGGUUCGAUUUCAGAUCUGUCGAAGGACAGACAGGCAGACUUACGGAAACCACAUCAAUGUCUUAGACUCGCGUUUCUUCGAAGAAAGCUCCUGAACCCGAAUCGCUGCCAUCAUCUGUAAGCACUCGAGGUCUCCAGUCACCUCGAGACUCGCUAAAACACGUCAACAAUCACGAGAUUCACCGGACUCCAUAUCUUUCUUGGUCUCAGCCGAGUGUUUCGAAACUCAAGAGCCACGAGAAGAUCGUCAGCAUCAUCCAUCAUCCACCAUCUGAAGCUGGUUUGGAGAAUGAGGGAUGAGCGAAGCUGGCCAUGGGUCCUGCCUGAAGCAGCAGCAGCAGCAGCAGCUCUGGUCCUGGUCUUGGCUCUAGCAUGCCAGUUCGACACGACUGAGGGAGUAUCGGUGCCGACAGUAACCUGCAGCUCGGGCAACGAAGGCUGCUCGGUGACGAACUACCUGCGAGAGUUUCCAGAUCGCAGCCAGUGCAGGGCUGCAGCAGUGGUGUACCCGAGCACGGAGCAGGAGCUCGUGGCAGCCGUGGCACAGGCAGUCAGAAAUGGGCAGAAGAUGCGAGUUGUGAGCAAAGGCAGCCACAGCAUUCCGAAGCUCGUUUGUCCGGGCGGCAAUGGGACGGGGCUGAUCAUCAGCACCAGAGACUACGACCAGAAUAUUGUCGUGGAUCGAGCUGCUCAGACUGCCACCCUCGAUGCCGGGGUCCGCCUGAAGCCAUUCGUGGACACUGUGGCUGGCUAUGGAUUGGCAUUCCCCCAUCUCCCCUACUGGGCGGGGCUGUCGAUCUCGGGAGUGCUGGCCACUGGCGCUCAUGGCAGUGGCCUGUGGGGCAAAGGCAGCGGCGUGUACGAGUACGUGACGGCGAUGAGGCUCGUGGUGCCUGCGUCUGCAGCCGAAGGGUACGCCAAAGUCAUCAGCCUCGUGGCAGGACAGGACGACGAGCUUCUGAAUGCAGCCCGAGUGUCUCUGGGCGUGCUGGGAGUCGUGUCGACGAUCACGCUGCAGCUGCAGCCUCAGUUCAAGAGAUCCAUCACCUUCGUGCAGAAGUCCGAUUCCGAUCUCGAGUCUCAGAUCCUCCCGAACGCAUGGCACAACGAGUUCGGUGACAUCCUCUGGCAGCCUGCGCUGAAACUCGCCGUCUACAGGCUCGACAAUCGAGUGUCCCUCGGCACUUUCGGUCGAGGGACGAAUAACUUCACCGGAUUUCAAGCUCAGUCCUCGGCCCUCAUCGCGGCCAAUAGGAUUUCUGAGGAGGAGGCCGAGGCGCUGCAGAGCGGCGAGCAGAAGUGCGUGCAGCUGGCGGCGGUGCACUCGGCGAUGGUGGCCACGGCCUUCGGGUACACGAGCAAUGGGCUGCUGUUCACGGGCUACCCGAUCGUGGGCUACCAGAACUCGCUGCAGACGAGCGGGCCAUGCGACGACGCAACGCUGCCCACGUUCGUGUGCCCAUGGGACCGCCGCACCAAAUCCUCGUACUACCUGCAGACGACAUUCUCGGUGCCACUGGCGAAGGUGGCCGCAUUCAUCGUCGAUGUCAAAUCCAUGGUGGCUCUGAGGCCGAGCGCGCUCUGCGGGCCCGGGCUCUAUUUGGGAGUUCUCAUGCGCUACGUGAAGAAAUCGAGCGGCGCAUUUCUGGGCGAGCUCGAGGAUGCGGUGGAUGUGGAUUUCACGUACUACCGCAGCCUGGACCCCAAGACGCCACGCCUGGACGAGGACGUGAUGGAGGAGAUCGAGCAGAUGCUGCUGUUCAAGUACAAAGCUCGGCCUCACUGGGCCAAGAAUCGCAAUGUGGCCUUCGCCACCACGCCCUCGCUGUACCCGGACCUGCCGAGGUUUCUGCGCGCCAUGAAGCAGCUCGACCCCGACCGACUCUUCUCCAACGAGUUCACCGACGCCGUGCUCGAUGUGGACGGCGCAGCCUCCACGCUUCAGAAGUUUGCGCCAUUCUGCGCCCUCGACGGGCUCUGCAUUUGCAGCGAGGACAUUCACUGCGCCCCGGCCUCGGGCUAUUUCUGCCGCCCUGGCCUCGUGUACAAGGAAGCUCGCGUCUGCAGGAAGGUCAAAUCUUCCCGACGAUGACGAUGGUGCAGCUGAAUUUUGACCAUUUUCAGGUCAGAGUGUAAUCGAAGGAUCAUCAUCCCUCGGGCAUGGCGUCGUGUUGUUGGAUUCUGAAGUCCUCGGGUCCGACGACUCGACGAAGACUAUGGUCCCCGAACAAAUAUAAUUGAAUGCAACGAUCUCUGAGCUGUGAAGGGGGGCAGAGAUGGUUGGUUUCGGUUAAGAUUGUUUGAGGUCUGAACCAUCUGGCCCUGGAAUAGCUCGCUCGCCCAUAGACAGACAGACAGCAGAUGGCAAAUUGUCACGAAAUCACAGUCGGAUGGAUAAUGGGAGGUAAAUCUCAAUGAACAAUUCUCUUCAUCUUCGACCUCUUGCAAAUUGCAAGAGGCCGACUCGGUUGAAACCUGUCAAGCGUUCUCAUCGUGGCACAUACAACCAAUUCUCAUUUCUCAAUCUCGAUUAGCAGGGGGUGAGAUUCGCCUUCACCAUCCAGUAUCACCCAUACGAGCAUUGUGUGAUAUCUCUGUGUGUGUCUCACUCUCACGAACAUCGGCCAUCAUUGCAUCACCUUGUCUUCAAUUUGAAUACCUGGGCAUGAUCUCACAGCCUCCGUUUGCACCAGC